AUGAGCCGUACCUCACGAAACCGGCCUGGUGCGGAGAUACACGAACUCCUUCCCCCGAACAUCAAACACGGCCACCUAUGUCCAGUUCAUGGCAAUGAUACCUGCUCUAUCUCUCUGGCUUUAGAUUGGUCCCAGACAUUCCGGGAGAUGGCUGAGGUUCUCCGCCGAAAUGAGAUAGUGCCUGAACUUAGGGACUUUUACCUGCAUUUGAUGGCGUAUUGCCUCCUGAUAAAAGACCAUGCUAGCCGCAUCAGAUGUGCGUUUGGUGCAGGCCGCCAACUCAUGCAUACGUUCUUGGAUCAAUUCGAAUCCGUUGUGGCAGCAGCAGUGUUGGAUGAACGCAGUGUUUUCCGGACGUCAGUUGACUUCCCCCGACUCCAGAAACUCGACCAACUCUGGAAGCAGAUACAAGCCGAUGACGAGACAACAAAACUGAAGUUUCUACAACGCUACCUGGAUUUUGGAACUACUUCGAGCCGACAUCAAGAGCUCUUGGCGUCUCUUGAGAGAUUGGAAGAGGAGAUGAGGAAAGAACAUCCGGACAAGGACCUUUUUGCACCAGCGGAUGACUGCACACCCAAACUUCACCGAGACGAAUCGCCGCACUCUGUGUGGAGUGCCGCUUGCUCACUGUCUAGAGCCUUGGCAUCUUGCAAAAGCUGCACAUGCCACUCAGAGCAAGACCUCGGCGUGACAAUGCGUCUAUCCACAUAUCGAAGAGCGCUUCCCGAGAUGGAACAUGAUUUCGAGAUGUUUCUCUCUCUCUCGAAACGGUGGCAAGAAGCACAUGUGCGCAUUGUGGAGGGGUCGGAGGUGCGGACGGAUUCGGAUUCGCCAAUGAAGGUCAAAAUGCUGUGCCAGCCGUUGCAGAAGAUCCAGUCGGCGCCCCCAAAAUUUCUCAAUCUGAAAGUCGAAAGAGACGAACUCUGGAAACUGCGAUCGAAGAAUAAGGGUUACAUGAUCGACAAAAAGAAACCCCCUGUUUCACUCCGGGAACUCCUCACCGAUGGCUCUCCUCCCUUGACUACGAAAACAAAACGCAUUCUCGCUGUCUUGCUCAGCUACGCUGUCCUCCACUUCCACGGAACAUCAUGGCUCCCGCGCAAUUGGAGCUCUUCAAAUGUCCUCUUUUUCCACACAAUUUCCGCUGAAAUUCCUUUAAGACCAUACAUAGAGGCGCAGAUCGAACAGGGAAGUUCAUGUGCUGAUACCUCGGGUAAUCACUCUGGUGGCCAACAGGAGCACACAUCGGUUGAUCUCGACGACCUUGAUCCGGAUGACAUUGUAUUUCACUCCUGUCAAUCGCUUGUCGCUUUGGCGGUCAUGCUACUGGAACUCUACAUGGGUAUGCCAUUUCGGACACUAGCCAAGCGGCAUGAUAUCGAGCCGCUGGACGAAAAUGAUGAUGGCGUAUCAUUCACCACCGCAGUAUAUGUGUUCGAACAAUGCCUCCCCGAAAUUGAGGAAAACACUUUAUACAGACAUGCCUUGAAGAACUGUUGGGAUCCAUCUCUUUGGGAUGACAACGAUGGCAAUAAGCUCGACAGCCAAACAUUAAGGACGAACAUGUAUGAAUACGUUGUCGCACCACUGGAAAAAGAAUUAUGCCAAGCUUAUAGUUCUAUUUCAAUGGAUGAGCUCGAUAGCCUCGCACAAGGGCUCGAUCUCAAUUGCUGGGGACAAGCAAUACGGGAUCCCCAAGCUGAACCCCAGUCCUUCAUUAGAGAAGAUUUCGAACUCAAAGUCCUCGAUUACAACUCAAGGUCAUCCGGCAUCUAUCGCAACUCGCUUCGGCACGGCGUUUCACCGCAAAACUCCGGCCAAGGGAAUUUCAACGCGCGAAACUACAAAAGUGCUGAGUUUUUCGACGAUGAAUCAGUCUCCGAAGAGCAUACCCGAGAAGAGUGCACUAGAUAUCGAGCUUGGAAAGAAGACUUCGAAGCGGUAUACGAAAAGUUCAUUACGAGCGCACAACGUACCUCUUCACAUCCACCCAUCAAAAUCGCAGUCCUCGAUACUGGAGUGGAUUCUAACCAUCCGGAUAUAAUGGCGCGCAAAGAACAGAUCAAGGACACCCAUAAUUGGGUUGAUGUGUGCUAUGCAGCGUUGAUCCCCGAUUACAAUGGCCAUGGUACUCAUGUUACCGGCAUUGUCCUUGACUAUGCACCGGACGCAGAAGUAUACAUAGCAAAGAUCGCCGACCACGAGCUUGCUGAUGCGGGGAUUAUAGCGAAGGCCAUCGAAAAAGCCGUGCGCGAAUGGAGGGUCGAUAUUAUUUCCAUGUCCUUUGGGUUUUCAACCCGAAAUAUCCCCGGAUACGAUGACAUCGAGAUUGCUAUCAAAGAAGCGCACUCCAAAGACGUUCUCUUGCUUGCGGCUGCUUCGAAUGGUGGCGCCAACCAUGACAGAACAUGGCCAGCCCGCGAUGACCACGUUCUUUGCAUCCAUUCAACAGAUUCGAAAGGAAAUCGAUCGAAAUUCAGCCCUACCGCGGUUCACGACAACGUCAAUUUUGCAACAGUAGGCGAAGCCAUCGAGUCAGCCUGGCCGUUUCAGCUGUGCGGGCCAGGUGAAAAGUUCGUCAAGUACAAGUCCGGAACGUCGUUUGCCACGCCGAUAGCCGCUGGAAUCGCCAUCUUUCUACUGCAGUAUGCUAGGUUGUAUUUGGGUGACACUCAUCUGGCUAGACUGAAACGACAUUCGGGCAUGAAGUCUGUAUUAAGGAAGAUGGCGAGCAAGGCUGAAGCUUCCAGGAAUCGGGAUGAUUACAGCUACCUCGCACUGAGCUUGCAUCCUGACAAUUUGUUCGGAAAGAACGAGGAUUUCAUAAAGGCUACUAUUGAAGAGUCACUCAGCUGA